CAUUCAAGGAAUAUGCAAAUGACGAAAACAUUUAUAUAUAUUUAUUUUUUCACAGAAGCUAACAUUUUUACAUAUGGUUGUGAAAAGGGGAAAGUUUUCUCUUUCUCUUUCUUUAAAAAUACACUUGCUCAGAAAGUAUUAUCUAACAAAUGUUACCUGGCAAAUAACGAAAAAUGUCUCUGAAUUCAAACAAUAAUGUUAAUAUUGGACUUUGUGGAACAUCGUCGGAUGCUGGUUUUGAAGAUAUGACAACAUGCGAAAUGGAUUUAUACAACCGUGGGAAUUCAGUUGUUAUAUACAAAAAUGAGGCAAAUUACUUGACAGAAAUGUGUUUUCAAGAGGAAAGUAACUGUCAGUCAUAUAUGGAAAGCUAUGAAUAUCAUAAGAAUAGUUUACAAUGGUCAAACUGUGACGAAUCUCAAGAAAGUACAUGUAUGUGUCAGUGUUGUGGACAAUAUAGAGAGGACACGGCAGGUUAUAGUCGCAGUUGGUCCCAAAUUACGGAUGCCACUAUAGAACAUGCAGGUCGGUUUUUAAAUAGCUGGGAAAAUGAGCCGACAUCAUCCGACACGUCGGCAAUGAGUAGUGAGUCAGAAACUGAACCUAACAAAAACAAAUGUAAACCGGUACGGCGAGUUCCUGAGUUAGUGAGAAUAGGAGCAACGGUGAGAGAACGUACGCGUAUGCACAUGUUAAAUGAUGCAUUUGAUGAACUUAGAAAAGUAGUUCCAAAAAAUAGUCUUGGAGAACACCAAAAGCUGUCAAAAAUUGCCACAUUACGCCUGGCUAUACAGUAUAUUGGUGCACUAGUGACAACUCUACGAACAUCCGGCGUAGAAAUAGGGAAAAUUAGGGGCACGUGCAUUGGUGACAGACGUGGGAAAAGACGGUCAAAACUUGUGAAGAAAAUAUUCGUAAAGUAAAUGACAUAAAGACAAAAUCAUUAUUAUAAAGAAUAACUUUAUUGACAGUUGAUCAUACUAUUAUAUUAAUAAUUGUAAAAUCUUGAGGGUUAUUAAGCGAUAUUCAAAUGAACUUACACGCUUCGUGACAUUACCAACAUUGUUCGGUUUUUGUGUAAUUUUAUAUUUUCUCUGGAAUAAUUGUGUAAUUAUCACUUUCCUUUGAAUUACUCCCAACUGAUGGUAAAAGUAAUAUUAGCCGUGUUUUAUGUUUUUACGAUGUUCCGUAUUAAAGAUAAUUAUUUUUAUGACUUUUUAAUUUCGAUAUGCUAAUUCAGUAUAACAUUUGAAGCGGUAUCUUAAAUUUCUGAUUCUAAAACAAAAUGAUGUAAUGUAUUCGCGUCGUUUUUAUACUGAGAUAUUCAAAUGAAAAUUGUUAAUCAUUCCAGAUGAUUAUGGAAUUGUUAGAGAUAAUAUUUUAAUGCAAUGAACGCGUGUGACCCCAAAUUUCUCCAAAGAUGGGGCUAAUUGGUGUGAAAUUCGCACGUGGAAAUAUCAGUAUAAUAUAAGGCGUCAGCGAAUUCAUCUGAAAAUAUGCUACUGUUUUCUGUAUUCAUAAAUUAUCUUGCCAGCGGAUAGGACACAUAAAACAAAAAAUAGAACUAUUAAAACACCUUUUGUACCACAACAAAAUUAUUGUUAUUUUUUCUUCAACGAAUUAAAUAGAAAAUACCUAGCACAUUACGUGAUGAUGAUGAUGAUGAUGAUGAUGAUGAUGAUGAUGAUGAUGAUGAUGAUGAUGAUGAUGAUGAUGAAUCCUAAACACUUUAGUGGAUGUAAAUGUCACAUGAGGCUCGAAUGUCUUUACUCUUUUUAAUAUUGAUUUUAUUUGUGAAGUUUUUAUUAAAUUCAUUAUUUUAACAGAUGCGCUCGUGACUUUGAUGGACACGUGUUAUUUUUAAUGGGUUACAUUUCAUAUCGGAUUUUGGACCUGGCGAAAAUCGAACAUUUUUUGCGUUUGAUCUUUAAUUUGAUCUUGCCUUUUAAUUGUAGUUGUUUCUCAAAAUGAUAUGUUAAAGAGAAUUUAAGAAAUAAUAAUAAGUGGUUAUCACUAUAACAGGAAAGUUGAUUUGACUAUCAGACUUCCAGGCGUUAUGUACUAAUUAGGAGAUCGGCUUUUUUAUCAAUCACUAAAAAAAGAAAAGAAAAAAAAGAAAAAAAAAACAUUAAAAGUAAGAAUUCCUACAACCGCCUGUUUCGUGUUGAAAUUAACAUUUCUUUAGAUUUUCCUAAAAGACAUCAGUGAAAUAGUUAACACUUUAUUGAAACUCAUUAUUUAUUUGCUAUUGCCGUUAUUUUUGCACGUGAUCUGAGCCUUUAUAAAAGCUUGUUCAUGAAUACUUCAGAAAGAUUUUUUAUACCGAUUAAAAGACGAUUGAAUUAGUGAAAGUCAUGAGAAAAAGUCAUUUUUCUUUUAUGAACAGUUUCUGAAAUAUCUUAACAUCGUCUGAUAUAUCAUUUAACUCGGUAAACCAAAAGACACGCGCGCGUCCGUGAAUUCGCGUGCCAUAAACCGCGGCCAAUAUAUAACGGAAUAGUAAAUUAGUUGAACCUUGUUUGGAUUUUUACUGAACAUUAUCUGUAAAUGAAGAUGUUAUAUUAAGAUAAUUAUCCAAAUUUAUCACAUCCAUUCUAAUAGCUACUAUAAAGCAAACGGAAAAACGAUCGUUGCUGUAGGGGAGGUCUUUACGAUCAACUGGGCCAUUUUCGUAAAUGCACAAAUCCUUUGAUGUAGCCGCUAUAAUGGUAUUUCUGCAAUAUUUCAUAGCUGGAAAAUUAAGUUCCGUUGUUAUAUUAACUUAGAUGUUAGAAUUGGGGAUAUUAGUUUAAUGUGCAUAUAUUUCUAAUAACUUUAUGUUAUUAUACAGAAAAUAAAAUUGAACGGUGCCAUUGUUCUUAGAUUUAUUGGCAAUUAAUUUUAAUGCGCAUCUGUUAUUUUAGUUUACUUUUUAAAUUUGUAUCAAUUACUUCCAUAAAGUUACACUUCAUGUGAUUAAAUUUGAAAAAUCAUUGGCAAUAUGUACCUCAUUAUACAUUUAAGAAAAACAGUAUAAACGGUUGGUGAAGUCAUUUUUUAAUACAUGUAUGUUGUAUGUGCAUCCACUCUACAUUGUCGUUGAUUCAUUCAUGAAGCACUCUGCAUUUUUAAAUAUCAUAACAUGACGUUAAUAUUCACACAUUUGAUUAGCAGUGAAUAUUAUAAUACUAGUAUAUUAUAUCAUAUUAUCUUCAUCUCCGGUGUAAUAUUACAUAUGUCAAAUUUCAUGAUUGCAUACUUUGCAAUGUUAAUGAACUUAAGUAUAUACAUUAUUGGUGAUUUAAUUUGAGUUUGUAUAUUAUAGCACCUUUUACUUUGCUAACAUUUGAUUUUCUAUAUAUGGUCUGUCACAUAUAUUCACAAUAUUUGAAUGAUUAUAUUUUGUUUAAUGAUGCACUUUGUACAAGUCUAAAAAAGAAUUCCUGUUCUGUUCUGUUAUGUUAUGUUUUAUAUUAGAUUAUGAUAUUAUGGUCAAUCAGUUUUCGUUUGGAGGUGCAAUGACUCAUGGGAAAAUAUGUUUAUAAGAAUCUUAUGGGAAUAUAGACCCAGAUAAAAACAUAACAUGUUUGCUAAUAUUAUGUUACUUUAUCUAAUUUUAAGUAUUUUAGGAUGAAUUUGCAAAUUGUAUUAGCUCAUGGAAAAUGUUAAAAGAAAUAAAAUAAAAUA